AUGUCUGCUUCACUGGAUUCAUCGUUAGAUCCCAUGGAAGAAAUUCGAUUCCGUAAAAAACAUGGUGCUGUAUGGAUAGAGAUUCAGAAAGAAACACAUUUCACGUUUGAUGAGUUAGAACAGAUAAUGGUAAUUUUCUUCAAAAUACAGAAACGAGAUGAAAAACCCGCUGCAAGUGAUUUAAUAUCACGAGCCCACUUUAGGGACGUAUUACACACUGGUCUCGGUAUGACAGAUGCGUACAUGAUGGAGAGAGUCAUGGUGGCCCUUGACCGUGGCACUUCACCCUUCGUUACCAUGGCUACAUUUGCCAAAGCCUUAUCGCUUUAUCUCCGCGGUGAUCUUGAGGAGAGGAUUACUUAUGCUUUUACAUGCUAUGACUUAUUGGGAGAGGGUUCACUCAGACGGGAGACUAUGUAUCAGUUGAUGAAAAAAAGUUUGGCUAAAGCUUCCAGGGACGACGAUGUUGAAGAAGCUGUAAAGGAAUUAGUAGAUAUCAUGUUGAAGAGGAUGGAUGCAGAUUUAGAUGGGGUGAUAAAUUUUAACGACUUCCACGAGUCUGUUACAAAAACCCCUUCAUUGUUGGAGAGCCUGGGAUAUUGCCUGCCCGAGAGGCCCGCUGUGUACUCUUUUAUAGCCACUUGGUGUCCAAACUGGGGUAAAAUGUGA